AGUCCAGCAGAAUCCCAGUUCCCCGUACUGUUAGCACAGCUGUAAGACACCUGUAAGCAGGUGGGUUUGCACUCAGACAGGAAGAGGGACUUGGUGCAGGGGGAGAGCUGUCCUGUGAGCUCCCGGGAGCAUGAGGACAAUUUGGGCAAGAGGAAACCCCAACCUGAGCUGCCCAGAGCUCAGGAUCUGUUGCUGGAGGCCGGUGGUGGUCAGCCUGUCAGCCAGGAUCCUCUCCUGCUGCUCCUGUCUGUGCAGGGAAGCAUAAAGCAAAAGGAAUGGCAUUUGUGAGCCCAUCCAGACUACAGCAGGAGCACAGGGUUAGGGAGCUGAGAUGGGGAGUGAUGAGCAGAUCUCCCCCGGAGCUGCUGCCUCCAAUCCUGAGACUUUUUCAGCCUUUGAGAGCGGUAAAGGGUGAAGCCGGGGAGAGGAAUCCUAUUCCCAUCAGACAUCCCCAGUGGGAGCCCAUGACCCCCAAACCAUUGCAAGGUGCUGCCUUGUCCUGGUGGGUGUGCAGGGCCAUUUGUGGGGCACACGGAGUCCCUGCUGGGAGCUGGGCUGGGCAGCAGGCGCUGCUCUGCUUUGGCCCCACCAACCCAGGGGGCAGUUCCCCAUGGCUCAGAUAUCCCGUGGCAGAUAACAACGCGCUGCAGAUAAAAGCAUGGCCACAGAGGGGGGCACAGGGAGGACAGCAGAAGACAGCAGGGAUGAAGGCAGAAACCUGCUUCCUGGUGUUGCUGGCGAAGAUCAUCCUGUUCCGGGGAUCUGCAUCUUCUUCCUAUGAUUUGCCUGAGAAGCUGUCGGAUGCGUUCCUGCUGAGCAGUGUGGACGAGGCCAAGCAGCUCGUGGAUUCAGCCUACAAGGACACACGUGAUCGCAUUAAGAAGAACCUGGAGAACGAUGCCUUGAACCCCAUAGAGCUCCUGAGGUACUUCAAGCAGCCCGUGGCGGGGACGCGGGCUGCCAUCCGGGCUGCGGAUUACAUGGGAACCACCCUGACCCUCCUGAAGGAGAAGCUGAGCCGGGUCGUGAAAGGGGACUUCAAUGUCACAGACAUGCUCACACCAGCUCAGAUGGGACUGCUUUUCAAGGUGACAGGAUGUGAGGAGCAGAAUAAGAAAGUGAACUGUGAAUUUUCUAGCCGGUACCGAACAAUCACAGGGAAGUGCAACAACAGGAGAAACCCAUUACUAGGAGCUUCCAACAGAGCCUUGGCCAGAUGGUUGCCAGCAGACUAUGAAGACGGUGUGUCGAUCCCCCACGGGUGGACAAACAGAAGGUGUUCCUUUGGAUACCCUUUCCCACUGGUUCGAAGGGUGUCAAACGAGAUCGUCCGCUUCCCCCCUGGGCAGCUCAAGUUUGACCAGCAGCGGUCGCUCAUGUUCAUGCAGUGGGGUCAGUUUAUUGACCACGAUCUGGAUUUCAGUCCUGAAUCCCCAGCCAGAGUCACCUUCAAUGGCAGAGUGGACUGUCACACCAGCUGCGCCAAGCUGCCCCCCUGCUUUCCCAUCCAGAUCCCACCCAACGACCCAAGGAUUAAAAACACAAGAGAUUGCAUUCCUUUCUUCCGCUCAGCUCCUGCUUGUGACAGCGGAAGAGCCACUCGAGAGCAGAUCAACGCGCUCACAUCCUUCCUCGAUGGCAGUAUGGUGUAUGGCAGUGAACAGCAUUUGGCCAACAGGCUGAGGAAUUGGAACAACCAGCUGGGCUUGUUGGCUGUUAAUCAGAAUUUCACAGACAAUGGGAUGGCAUAUUUGCCCUUUGUCAGGAUGUCAAAGGACCCCUGUCUCAAGGUCAGCGGGAGUGCAAAUAUCCCUUGCUUUUUGGCAGGUGACUCUAGAGCAAGCGAGAUGCUGGAGCUGGCAUGCAUGCACACACUCUUUGUGAGGGAGCACAACCGCCUGGCCAUAGGGCUGAAGAGAUUGAAUCCGCACUGGAAUGGGGAGAGGAUCUACCAGGAGGCACGGAAGAUUGUGGGUGCAAUGAUCCAGAUUAUAACCUACAGGGACUACUUGCCUCUUCUCCUGGGAAGAAAUUUACAGAGAUGGAUUCCUUCCUACAAGGGCUACAAGGAGUCAGUGGAUCCUCGCAUAUCCAAUGUCUUCACUCUGGCUUUUCGUUUUGCUCAUGCUUCAAUUCCCCCAUCUGUGGGCCGAUUAAACCAAAAUUAUCAGUCCACAUAUCCCAAGUUGAAAUUGAGCAAAACCUUUUUUGGUGUUUGGCAUAUUGUGAAAGGAGGUGGCAUUGACCCCUUCCUGCGGAACCUGAUGGCCAGCAAGGCCAAGCUGAUGACACAGGAUCAGAUGAUGGUGGAUGAGCUCCGGGAUCACCUCUCUGAGCAGAUAGAAAGGAUUGGGCUUGAUUUAGCUGCUCUUAACAUGCAGCGUGGCAGAGACCAUGGCCUCCCAGGUUAUGUCUCCUGGAGAAAAUUCUGUGGGCUCCCCCAGCCUUAUGAUGUGAGGUCACUUGGUCAAGUAUUGAAGAAUAAGAAUCUCGCAAGGAAGUUCAUGAAGCUGUAUGGGACACCGAGGAACAUUGACAUUUGGGUUGGGGCACUUGCAGAGCCUUUUGUGGAUGGAGGAAGGGUUGGGCCUCUCAUGGCUUGUCUCAUUGGCACGCAGUUCAGGAACACACGUGAUGGGGACAGGUUUUGGUGGGAGAAUACAGGAGUAUUCACUGCCCAGCAGCGCAGUUCACUGGCCAAAAUCUCCUUGUCACGAAUAAUAUGUGACAACACCCACAUCACUAAAGUGUCAAGAAAUAUCUUCCAGGCCAACAGCUAUCCUCACUCCUUUGUGAGCUGCAGCAGUAUCCCAAAGCUGGACCUCAGAGCCUGGAAGUCAAAUUGUAUGGAGGAAAGUACGGAGCAAGAAGAAACACCUGGUGACCAAUAAUGCGGAACGCUGAGGAACCCCUGGAAGUCUGGGUUCAGGAAGAUACUGAGAUGGAUUAUUUUAAUUGUUUGGUUGUUUAUUUUUCUGUGUCUAUGCUUACUUCAUGUUUGCAUGAAGUCUUUCCAAAGAGAUGGGAUCCAGUGAUAAAGAAACGUCAUGAAAAGAUAUCCCAGAUCUGUGCAAAUUGCUCAAUAUCACAAAGCAAACCAAAAGGAGUUAUCAAGAGACUCCCAGUCAAACCAACUGUGUGCUUAGGCAGUGACACACGCACUGGGUUCCAGUAAGCUUUGCUGUAAAAUGACAAGUUUUGAACCCUCUUUUUGCAUGGGGUCAAAACUGUUUUCUCUUUCCUCUGCAAUUCGCUGUCUUGCUAUUACUGACCAAUAAAUUGCAACUUUGAGCUGA